AUGUCACACUCAACUACUGCGACAACGGUCUACGACCUGUUGAAGUAUUCACGUUCGUCUGCACAGGUGAAUGGGACCGCCAAUCAAGCGGAAGAGUGGCAGCAUUUCUCGAAUCCGACUAUCCGGCUGUUCGUAGAUGUCAAAAAGUCGUCUGUGGGAGAGUUGGAGUCAUUUAAGACGCGUGUCGUCUGGUCACUUAACGCAGGAAAUGAUACCAUGGACGUGGAUCAGCGUGAAGUCGUUUUUGAGGACCUCGAUUUACUUACUUUCUCCUCUAUGAAUCAAAUUCAAAUGGCCCAAGGUUUCCCGCUGAAAGCAGUUUAUCGUGAUGCAGUUGUCGGAUUUCGAUAUUUGUAUCCUCGGACGAUUCCUGUGGGAACCCCGCCAACUGAUUUAUCCAAGGAUGUCCAGUCAUAUAAACGGUUUCAGAUAACUUUUCAGACCGUAUCAUUUGCUACCAGCUUCAUCAAUUCCAUCAAAUAUAUCUGUCCCUGCAAGGCAACAAAUCCCGUUCUGCCCGGACACACUAUCAACAGGGCUGCCACAAUGAUGCAGCGCGCGAAUGCACCGGCUCCCAUUGUAUCCAUUGCGCCUUCAAGUCGUACAGCAAAUUCGAUUGCUUCUCAUCCGGCUUCUGUGCGAUUUUCCAAGACCAGCAUAGAGUCACUUAUACACCCCAACAAUGCACCUGCAAACGAGCAACAAUCGCAGUUCUCAUCUGAUUCUGCGGGUGCAGUCUCUGUCAACGAGCAGCUAUCCUCGCUGAAUGAUGAUCCGGCACGAACUACUGGCGUGACUCCUCUGCAGAUAUCUUCCUCUGGACAACAUCCUGGCGAUACUCGGGACUUAGAAGCAUCUAGCCAAGGAACUGAUACAAGCUGGCGCGCCCCUCUUAGCUAUGCACCUAAUGCCCCGGUACAAUCUGGUAUACAUACUCAUGGUCGCGCUCGCGCUGGUCUUCCUUCUUCUGACGAUCCAAACGUGUCUCGACCAUCGUCUGCUAUCACUGCCUCCUCAGUGCUUCCAGACUGCUCAGCUUGCACGUCAUCUCAGGCUCCUGUGGGAAUCCCUGAACCAGUCUCUGACUCUACUUGGUCUGUGUCUACUCCUUCGCGGACUCAGUCUGACAUGGGUCCUCCGCCUGUGCCGCCUCACACUACGGCGCCCGCCCAGAUGUCAACAUCACAGACGAUGGGUCUGACUCCUACUGCUAAUGUGAUAGCACCUGCCACUGAAUCAUUUCUGACAUCGCUAAGCGAUUCAGUCUAUCCAUAUAACUUGUCACGGGCUGAUCUGGAAUCUCUGGUCGCUCGAAUUGUCCGAGAAGAUGGGUUCGUGAAAUUGCUAGAGGACCUCGACUCGAUGUGGAAAAUCAAAGGUUUCCUGCGGCAGAUUUGA